AUGGCGCUGUUGUACAGCUUAUUGUGGCGGCUCUUGCUGUUCCUGCUUCACAGCAGCAGAGCGCUCGUCUCCUGGCUUCGUGUCCGGGUUCGGAGGUGGAAGGGGCGAGUGUGGGAGCGGGCGAUGGCCACAUUGCUACUCCCAAUGUCCCUGGCUCGCCUCCCGGACCACCGGAGGAUAUUAAAUCUUUACCCCGACACGAAUGGCAUUGCCGGUAAUGGAAACUGCGCUCUCAAUCGCCGACACCGGUGGAUGACAGACGGCAGGUCUCUUGAGAAGUUGCCGAGCCACAUCGGCCUGUUGGUUGCCGAAGAGGAGCCCAGCUACACGGACAUCGCUAACCUGGUUGUGUGGUGUAUGGCUGUUGGUAUAUCUUAUGUCAGCAUCUACGAUAAUCACGGUAUUUUCAGGAAGAACAACGCCCAUCUCCUGGAAGUGAUUGUAAUGCAACAACAGCAUCUGCUUGGAACAGAGGGAUCCAAAUAUAAUGUUGCAUUCAUAAGUGAUUGUGACAAACCCCAUAUUAACGUGCUGUCAUGCAGGCCGACAGUGAAUGUGUUAUCUCCUGAAGAUGGGAAACAGAGAAUUGUUCAAGCUGCACAGAAACUUUGUCGCUCUGUAGAAAAUAAAGAGAGGAGCUCCAAAGACAUCACCGUCUCCAUGCUGGAUGCGCUGCUCAGAGAGCCAAAGAAUAUUCCUGAUCCAGAGCUGGUGGUGAAGUUUGGUCCAGUUAACAGUACUUUGGGCUUCCUCCCCUGGCACAUCAGACUCACUGAAUUCAUCUCCCUGCCCUCACACAGAAACAUUUCUUAUGAGGACUUGUGGGGUGCCCUGCAGCGAUAUGGUGAAUGUCAGCAGCGCCUGGGCCAGUGA